UGCAUAACCGAGGCGGAGCAGUUAAUGGGCGAGACGGGGGAAGUGGGCCGCCAGUGGUGACGGUGCCUUCUGCUUCAGCUCUUUGUACGCCGAUAUGUAGGCUCCCGAUUCUAAACGUCCGCUGGAGGGUGGCGGCGGGGGGGGGGGGAGAAAUCUCCCACCAGCCAGACAUGCACACAAACACUUCCUUCCCCGAGGACCUCUAGCCUCCUGACAAGAACAGAAGGGCAGCUAAUUUCUUCUUUGUCUGCCGAGGGCUGUUUCCCACUCAUUUUCUGUCAAGCUGCAUUCUGCUCAGGGCACGCUGCCACCACCCGCCGAUCCAGGUUGCAGGAGGGGUGCGGCAGGAGGGUGGGGACAGGCAGGUGGGUGUCGGCAGACCCCCGGCGAGAGUGGUGUUUCCCCCUCCCCCAGCAUGCGUCCUUUGCCAACGGGAGCUCUUGGUGGUGCCAAGGGGUCUGUGGCACCCGGGAGCCUCGUGCCACGCUUCCCCGUGGCAGGAGCGUGCUCAGACGGAGCCCCGUGCCGGCGAGCUCUUGUUGGAGACCCGGAGACACAUCGCGGGCGCACCGGGGGCUGUCCGUUGCAACGCCGGGCGGAGGCACUUUCCGUGCAGUGGGCACUGAAAAAGAAAGAGGAGAGGGGAGAGAGAAAACGAGAGAGAAUGCCUGCCGGAAUUAGAUCAAUAUGAAACAAUCUCUUUUACUGGAUGCCUGCCCAGACUUUCAGCUGCAACGGUAAAUGUAAUUGGUCGUUUCCUCCUAUCAUGCGCAACUCUGUGUGGGAAAUGCCCUUCUCUCUCUCUGUUUCUCUCUUUCUCUCUCUUUAAAAAAAAAAAAAAUCUACAAUGGCUGACUUCAGUACACCGCACUGUUGUUGAAAAGUGCCUUCCCCGAAGCCGGCGCUGCUGCUGCUGCUGCUUGGAUUUCUGUCUAGAGCUUUGCCUUGCGCGCUUUUUAGAAAUAUAUAUAUAUAUAUACAUACAUAUAUAUAUACACACAUACAUAUAUAUAUUUCCUUCCUUGUUUUUUUUAUUUUUAUUUUUAAAAUUCGGCGUUGCUUGCGGUUCAUAUCCUGACAGCAACUCAUCCAUUUUAUUUUAUUUCCCCCCCUUCUCCUUGGAACUUGAUUUGAUCAGCCAUCUCCCUGUCCUGACUAUGUUGUAAACUCAACUCUUUUUUCAAAAAAAGAUUUUUUAAAAUGGAAAUCUGAAAACCCCCUCUGUUUGUUUUAACCCUUGCAACUCUGUGAAUUUUUAGAAGCAAGAAAAAAAAAUUCUCUUAAGGAACACACCAUUUCUCCCCACCCAAGAAACGAAACCAUUCCACGGAAUCUGCAGCGUUCCCCAUGGUCUCUUUCUGCAUGAGAAUAAUUGAAACCAGUAACUGGAGAGCACAGAAUCCUUUGGAGGAAUUAAAAAAAAAAAGUCUGCCGGUUAUUUUGAAGUAAUAACGUUGGCAGUGGCACAAAAUAUAUAACAUUUCUAUUUUAACUUCGACAAUUGCACUUUUAGGAGCUGGCCUCUAAUUUGAUUUUUCGGUUAAUUCUGAUGAGAUUUCUAUUUUAUGAUUGGCUUUAUGUUUAAUCCUUGUUUUCGACAAACACAAUUUGAGUUUCAUGGAACCCUAAGUGCUGACGUAUAGAAAUUCUACCAAAGCAACAAGUUAGUUAUUUCUUCACUACUUUUUUUUUUUAAACUUGAAUUCACUUUUUUACCCCCUUCCCUCCUUUUUGGGGAUUUGUUUUCUUAAAAUCAGCAUUCUCCUGAAGAAGGGUGUGGUCUCUUGGGUGUUCAUUCCCCCCUUUCCCCCCCUCCUUUUUUUGGUGGUUUUUAAUAUGGCUGUGAACGUUUCUUUGGUUCGUGAUACAAAAUGGCUGACGUUAGAAGUAUGUCGGGAAUUUCAGAGAGGUACCUGUUCUCGGUCUGACACGGAGUGCAAGUUUGCCCACCCGUCACGGAGUUGCCAUGUGGAAAACGGACGAGUUAUUGCCUGCUUUGAUUCCCUAAAGGGCCGCUGCACUCGAGAAAACUGCAAAUACCUUCACCCUCCGCCGCACUUAAAAACGCAACUCGAAAUCAACGGACGCAACAACCUGAUUCAGCAAAAGACCGCCGCAGCCAUGUUUGCACAGCAAAUGCAGUUUAUGCUACCAGGAGCACAGUUGCAGCCAAUUACGACGUUUCCGGUGACUCCCUCGCUUGCGACUAGCCCCACCAUGGCUUUCAGCCCCUACUUAAGUCAUAUGUCCCCUGGCAUGGGCUUGGUUCCUGCAGAGCUGUUACCAAAUACGCCUGUCCUGGUGUCCGGGAACCCGACUGUUUCAGUACCGGGAGGCUCUGCUGGGCAGAAACUGAUGAGGACCGAUAAGCUGGAGGUUUGCCGAGAGUUCCAGCGUGGGAAUUGCACACGGGGUGAAAAUGACUGCCGUUACGCCCACCCGAUUGAUAUUGCCAUGAUCGACACCAACGAGAACACGGUUACAGUCUGCAUGGAUUACAUCAAAGGGCGGUGCUCUCGGGAGAAAUGCAAGUACUUUCACCCCCCUGCACACCUGCAAGCCAAAAUCAAGGCAGCUCAGCACCAGGUGAAUCAAAACGCUGCAGCCGCUAUGACUCAGCCAGCUGUCCGAUCACUGAAGCGACCCCUCGAGGCAACCUUUGACCUGGCCCUGCCUCCCGGUGCCCUUCAGCCUCUACCAAAGAGACCAGCACUUGAAAAAAACAACGGUGCCACCACAGUCUUUAACCCAAAUGUUUUCCACUACCAACAGGCCCUAGCAAACAUGCAAUUGCAGCAGCCAACGUUCAUCCCCACAGGCUCUGUGCUGUGCAUGACGCCCACAGCAAGCGUUGUUCCCAUGAUGCACGGGGCCACGCCCACCACUGUGUCUGCAGCAACGACACCUGCCACCAGCGUUCCUUUCGCUGCAACUGCUACAGCCAAUCAGAUAUCCCAGUUAUCAGUAGAUGAACUAAACAGCAGCAUGUUUGUGUCACAAAUGUAGAAGCAAGCAACAGAACACAAACCAUGUGGAAAUCACUGAACCUGAAAUCACAGAGUACCUGGACUUCUCUCUCUUUCUCUCUUGGUGGGAAGCUGCAGCAGGGCUUUCUGUAUGUAUAAGCCUGUCUCUCCUCCUCCUUCAACAUCCACAGUAAGCCUAUUGCAGCCUACAUGAUAACCAAAAACUGAUCUAUGGGAAUGUCAUUUUAAAAAAAAAAAGAAAAAGAUUUUUUUAAAGCACUAUAGAAACAAUUAACAAACCGCGCUCUGUUACACGAGACAUAGAAGUAGCGAACUAUAACAAUAGACUUUUCUAACACCUUCCUUUAACACACUUAAAAGCAUUUUUCUGACUCUACCAUCAAGACAAGUGUUCCUGCCCAGUGGACCUGUGUGGGUUUGCUGUUCUAUUGUCGAUGGAUAAAUGUUUCGUCUGUUUUCGAAGUGUUAUCUUACUGUUUUGUUUACAUCCUAGUCUAUUGAUUCAUUUGGAGAAGAAAGAAAUGUACGUCCCUAUCGUGUAUACUCGGCAUCAUUUUUUCCCAUUAUCAUAAUGUUUUAUGUUUUCAUAUACUGUGGUUGUUAUGGGUUUCUCUUCUCUCUUUCUCUCUCUUUCAAAUAUAUAUAUAAAUAUAUAAAUAUAAAUAUAAAUAUAAAUAAAUAUAUAUAUAUAUAUAUAUAUAUAUAUAUAUAUAUAUAUAUAUAUGAAUAUGAGAGACAAGCUAAGAAUGUUAUAGUGGGAAACAGGAAAUGAUGUGCUUAAAAAAAAAAACAGCACGACACGAGAAUGUUCAGACAUUUGGCUGUAUUUUGUAAAGAAAAAAGAAAAGACAAAAGGAAAAUGAUUUGGCUAAUGUUUAGAAGCCUCCACUGGAAACCUGUACUCUGCCUUCAAAAUUGGGUCUCUAAACAUUUGCGUGAACUUUUGUGUGCCAGUCCAGGAAAUGGUGGGAAAGUGGUGAUCAAAGAGUGGUAGCAAUGUGGCUAUUUUCUCAAACCCAUCAAGGCCAAGGAGAUUUUCACUCGGUUGGCAGAAAGCAUCAGGAGACAGAAGUUUCUGCUUUUAAGUGCCAUUUUGUGCUGCAGAUGGCGCACAAGAUUCUUUGAUAUCUUAUUGAUCCUGUUUUUUUAAAAAAACCAGGAAAGAGAACCAGUUCGUUGGAAAAUGAGGAUUUCUUGCCAUUGAGAUUAAGUCUGUGGAUUUGCAAACUCCCAUCAUGGUGAUACAUAGAAAUUUUUACAAACACCCACUUUCUAUUAACAUAUAAGUGACCCAUCCCCCCUCAUCCUCUGCUUCACCCAGGAAAGUAGCACCAAACAACAGUCCUGGUUGUCCAUGAAGUAUUGUCCUUGCAAACGGUUUCCCUCGGACUUUGAAGGAGGAAUUGCUGGCUGAUUCAUUAAUCUUUGAACUCACUGUUCCACGAGAUCAUGCCGAAAGCAACAGCAGAGCCUUCAAAAAGCCUUUCUUGGAGUAAGCAAAUGCCCAACUAAAGCUCUGCUCCUCCUACACUCUGAUGCAGCUGCACUGAAUGUAUAGAGUGUAGGGAAAGAUGAAACCUUGCUACGUGGUGGAGUUGGCGUUGUUAUAUUUGCACGUGGUUUUCUUGGUUGUGAGACUCCUGCUGCACAAGAGCAAAAAUCAGUGACGGGGCCUCCCACGUGUCAGGCAUAAUGUGAGAAAAAGCAGUGGUCUACGGAGAACAAACCAGCCCGAAAACUUGCUGCCUUGAUUGCUUCUGCAUCCUUAAUUGCUAAUACAUCCCUUCACCCCCAGGGAGUACAGAGAAGAGUAGUAUUCCUGGCAGAAUUCUAAGAAUGAAUAGCUCCUUUAAAAGAGUAUUUUGUUGUUGUAAUGAUCAGAACCAUAUUACAGUGGAAAUGCACUGGCCCAGAGAAGAACUGGGUUCAGGUGUUGCACAAAUCCAUGGUUUGUUUUGCUUUAAUUUGAAGCUCUUCCCCGCAAUCAAUCCCCUACCCACAAGCCAUGGUUUGAUUGGGGCUGAUAAAUCACGAUUCAUCAUCACAGCUUAAAGGUGUUUUAAGAGCCACAAUUUGUGCUAAUUGUGACUUGCGAUACCUGACUUUUCAGACUAUUGAUAAACCACAGUUGGGGCCUGGUUUCCUACAAAGGCAACAGGAAUGGAGCAGCUCUAACCUUAGCAGGAAGUGUGUUCCACAGCUCAUGGGCAACGGCAGAGAAGGUUCACCUUUGGGUCUCCACCAGACGAGCUGGCGGCACCCUCAGACGAACCUCUAAAGAAACAUCUUAGCAGUGCUGCAUUUAAGGAGGAGCUGAGAGGUUUGUAAUUGAGGCCAAAAAGCAAAAUAUGUUUCCACUAUUUUGUAGUCCAGAAAAAGUAAGUAACUUACGAAUGCCCCAUACUAGUUCGUUUGUAGCCAGGCACCAAAGCUCUGUUCACAUGUUAUGUUAAACGCAUAUAUAAACUGUGUACAGUUUAUGCACAUACAGAUCUGUACACACGUACAGCGAUUCACAUGUUCUGUUGAAUGCAGAUGCAGCUGUACACUUCCUAUCCAUACAUGUAUUCGGGGGACCUGUACCCAAGUUCACUUUUAAAAUGAACUCAUGUACAGUCAUGUAACACAUGUACAGUCAUGUACAGUCAUGUAACACAUGUGCAAGUGUACAGAUACCAGCAUGCAUAUGCAGCAUAAUGUCUGAAUAAGGCUCAAGAGACAAAGUAUUAUGACCAGUCUUUUGCUGGGGUAUGAGCUGGUUCUCAGUCUGUUCUGUUGGUGGCCAGGUCAGGUCCUACCUUUCAAAUCCAUUUCAGACCUAAAUCAACUUCUUCCUUUUUGAAUUGGUGGUUUUCCUUCUUGCUGUUCCCUUUUCUUAGCAGGAGCAAAAAGAUUAUCUCAGCUGUGAAGGUGCAGCUUAUCUUUGGAAUAGCACAACUUGCUUGAUUUUUGAAUAAAUGAAUGUGUCCUUUAGGGUCCCAGUUGAAGCCUUGCUUUUCCACUGGAGAAACAGACUUUCCAAUUAAAUCGGAAUUCCCCAGACACGUAAGAACAUGAGAACAGCCCUCCUGGAUCAGGCGCAAGGCCCAUCUAGUCCAGCAUCCUGUUUCACACAAUGGCCCACCAGAUGCCACUGUACAUGAACAUUCCUCCAAAUUCACAUUUUAUCAGUCCCUGCGUUUCACUGCAAAAAGUUUAUUCUUGCCCCGGUGCUUAUCAUCCACGAACAGAGAUUUGCCCUCAAAGUUUGAACCCUAUGGAAUGAGUGGACACCUGGAAAAUCCACAUUCCAGUUGGUUGGGAAACUCAGAGGUCUUUUGAACCAGGACAAAUGUUCGUUUUAGUGCUACUUUCCAGGGACUAGAGUCCAGAGGGAUGUAAGAGUCUGCUCCCUUCUUGUGCAGGAGCUUUUAAGCCCCACUUUCAGCUGCCCCCAAAAGCCUUCUGUUAAGGUUGGGGAGACAUCCAGAGCAGUAUGAGUGUCUGUCAUUUAUGGCAUUUCGGCCACUUUCCCCCAUACAUGUGGGGUGGAAUUGGAUCACACCUAGAGACAGAAGAAAACAUUGUUUGGUUCAUCUCAUCAAAUCACAUUUGAAAUUCUGUUUUCCCAGCAAUUUUAAUUCCAGAUUCAUGCCUGCCUAAAAAGGGGCAAACCUAUGUUGACAAUAUAACCAGCCAGCCCACGGCUUGUUCUGACUUUCUGUUUCCCAACUUUGUAACAUUGUUAGUGGGGGCAGCGAGGAGGGUGGGGUGGGGGGAGGUGGGUUUGAGUACUACCUGGGUGAAACUAUGUGUAUAUUUAACAAACAAAAAAAUGGGUUUUGCACAAUCUGUGGCCGUGCCUCAACAGAGAACAUACCUGAUCUCUUGUCAGAAAGGAUACACGUUCUGCUCGUGAUAGCUUUAUGGUUUUGAAGGAGGUUGAGUGUCUGUUUUCAGUACUAUAAUUUUUAAAUGCUCUUUUGCCACCUUUGAUGUAGCCCUCUCCUUUCUCUGAAUGAUACUUAACACACACAAACCAGAACCCCAUCUUGCAUAGAUGUGCAUAGAAUGUAAGCCUGAAAAUAUUUCCACAGCAUUUGUGUCUACACCUUUUAAAGCACUGAAAAGAACACACCAGGGGUGCAAUUUUUCUUUUAUUUUUGGCAAAGUUUUAAUUUUGCAAAGCAGGAUUCUUCUAGGAGGCCAGAGAGGUGGCAAAACCUCCCUCCCGACUUCCACAAUAAUCCAAUCACCGGGGGGCCACUGGGUCCCUGCAUUUCUGCACCCUGGGACAUGCCACACACAAACCUUACAGAUGUUGGGCGCACACAGAUAUUUUUUCUAAUAUGGAGGUCCGCUAGGUGUUCAGGGUAGACUCUUUUCUUAGGUGCCACAACCAUUUUCUUUACAUAUAUAUGUGUAUAUAUAUAUAUAUAUAGUUGGCAAAUCUAGCGUUCGCUUAUAAGAGAGUUUGGGGAAAAUGAAAGCUUGAAGCACUAGGAAUGCCACCAAAUCAGUACAAUCGGGGAAAGUGGGGUGCAGGAAUAAAACAUGCCAUUCUGAGGCGAGCACUAUUUAAAGCGUGUUGUGCAAUGAUUUCUUUGUUCAAAAAAGAAAGAAAAAAUUAGCAGUCGACAAGACUAUAAAAUCCUAAGUAAUAGGUGUGUUCUGUUUUACAAAGUCGCCGGGCGACUCGGUGACUCUAAACAAAAUGCCACAAACACAAGAGAUUUCAUCUUCUGAUUGCAGAGAUGUGUGUAAAGUUUGUUCAAAUUGAGUGUAAUUUUAGCAACUUUUUAAUAAGCUUCCCAAGUUUUCAACAGACCGAAAUAUUUUUUUUAAUUUAUCCAAAGUUCUCUCUCUCUCACACACUUUUUUUUUUUUUUUGGUGUUUGUGUGUCCAUUUCCUCUCAGCCUUAUGCAAACAAUAUGCAAGAAAUGUUAAAACUUGAGUAAAACGGGUCACUGCAGAGAGAAACUGAGAAAGCUGAUAGAUCAUUUAGAGGGGAGGGAGGAAGAUCGUUAGUCAUUUUAUGAAGAGAGAUUUAAAAAAAUUAAAAUCCUUACUAAACCAAGAGUGCUGAACCUUGGAUCCCCAGAUGCUGUUGGAUUACAAAUCCCAGCAUCCUCAGCCACAGUGGCUGAAGGCCAUUGUGACAGAGGGUGAUGGGAUUUGUAGUCCAGCAACCUCUGAAGACCCAAGGUUUGGAACCCCAGUACUAACUAAACUGUUAACAUGCACACCCAAACAAUAAAAGAGGGAUUUAAAAUACAGUAGCUCUUUAAAAUAAAGUACAGUCUUCUUAUGGAUAGGGAUGUGGUUUUUUCCUUAAUCAGCCAUGUAAUUUGUCUUUUGAUCAUUUAGUAUGAAACCGUAAGCUUCCAGUUUGAGAGGGUGUCGGUUUUUUGCAUUUCCAGUGGGCAUCAGCGUUGCUCCUCUUCCCUUCCCGCAGCCAGGCUCCCCUUUAUAAAAGCGGUUGAGGUGACUGACUGAUGGGAGUUGUAGUCCAAGAACAUCUGGGGAGUUGUAGUCUGAUGCCAUCCCCAGGGCCACUGCACAAGGGGAGGGGGUUAACCCCUUACCCCCCACCCUUCAGUUAUUCCCCAAAUUUCCCUCCCCUGAGCCGCUGCUAGCGACAUUGGGGAGAACUUUUUGUGCCAUAAGGGUUUCCCCCCUCCACAGCUAAUAUCCGCUCCAAAGGGGAACUUGCAUUGGGGGCCCCUGUGGAGGGGGGGUCAGAGUUGGACCCUCACUCCUCCUGUGCCACAGCUCAAUUACAAAUCUCCCCGCUUCCCCUCGCCACAGUUCUUUUGGAAGGAGAAAAUGACGCCAAGAGCCCCGGCCGCAAAACCACAGUUUCGUGUGUUGUCUGGCCCCAAAUCUCAUGUUUUGCCAAUGUGGCUGAAGGGUGCCUGAGUUGGUGCUUUUCCAGAUUUGCCUGUUGCUCCUCCGCACACCUCCCUGUGCAAGCAUCUGGCCUGAGAAAGUCAUACACAUGGUCUGGGGUCCGACGGGCUGCUUUGAGUGCAUGCCCUCAAACAGGGCUUCCCCAUCUUGGCUCCCCCGCUGUUGCUGGACUACAACUCCCAUCAUCCCCAGCCACAAAGGCCACUGGCCAUUGUGGCUGAGGGUGAUGGGUGUUGUAGUCCAACAAUAGCAAGGGGGGGGAGCCAAGAUGGGUAACCCCUGUCCUCGGAUAUUUCAGUGUGUUGUCCUCUGAAUGCCUAGAAGCCUCGUGCCAUCACCAGCGCCUUGGAAACUCGGUUUCCGCAGCGGGUUGCAAGCGGCAUGGAGGACGGCAGCCAUUUGGGAAUCACACACACACACCCCGAUGACUCAUCAAUCGCAUGCCGUUCUUUUGACCCUUGCCGCAGCUGGCUGCCUGACAGAUUUGUGAGCCGCAAAGUCCUCUCUGGGCUACGGUGGCUCCCACGUCCAUCCUGGAAGCCAGGAGUGUGGAUCACUGAUUCAGGCGGUGACAUGGGUGGCGUGAAUUUUCACACCGCUGAUCAUUUGUCCUAGAGAUGAUACGGCUAGGGAGAAGUCAUGCUGAGCAGCAGGCCUGUGGCUGCAAUCCGUAAUGCACAUCCUAGGGAGCAAGCCCUACUAAGUCAAUGGGCUUCCUCCUGAGUCAGCAUGCAUAGGGUCCUGCUGUUACAGAGGUUCCUGUUGGGUGCAGUUCAUUCACGAACCCUCCUGCGCAAAAUAGGCCUAAUGGGACGUGGAUCGUGGCCCUAGUCGCAUAAGACAGCCCCGUCACAAUGACUUUUUUAAUACACUAGCUAGCUACAUAAACAGGCGGUGAGGGGGGAAUGUAGUGAAUGUUGUGUAGAUUCAUCAGAUCAGGUAAGGGGAUAAUAUUCGCCUCAUCCUCUCUGUAUUCUCAGCUUUACCUUUUGCUUAACAGAGUAGUUGUCUCUACAAUGCAUUAACACACAGAGUGGUUAUGAAACUGGAGUCCUCCCUUUUUAAAUCCCUAACACAAGGGGCCUCAAGCUUGGGCCCCCAGCCAUUGGACUACAACCCCCAUCAUCCGCUAUGUGGCAGGGGGUGAUGGGAGUUGUAGUCCAGCACCACCUGGACAUCCAAGGUCGAGAACCCAAAUACAUUUCACACACAUUUUAAAAGUGAAAAUUACGAGGAAAAUAUAAUUUCCCCUUCCUCCUGGGUGGAUGGAUGAUGCUAAUGAUCUGAUUUACCAUGUGCCUGAUGAAGGCCUUAGAAUAUAUUGUAUGUUAAAGACUGUAAUAACCUUUUUUUAAAAGAAACUAUUAGUUGAUAGCCUAAAAUAAUUGUAAAUAGAGUUAAAAAAAAACAUUGUUGUUAGGCUACAAGAAGUUCAUUCAUGUCUCUUUAUUUUCCAUUUCUUUUAUCGUUUAGUUUUAAAGAUUUUUUUCAUUAUUUGUUUUUAUAUAUAUAUAUAUAUUAUAUAUAUAUAUAUCUUUAGUAACUAAUGAAUUUAAUUUUUGAAGGAGAGUUAGAGGAUGUUUAAGAUUUUUAAAUACAUGUAUUCAACUCAUUUAGUUAUCUUCUAAAAACACUGAAGCAUGUCAAAAUAUAGAAGAAAUAUACAGUCCAUUACUAGUUUGUAUAGUUUAAGAACAAACAAACAAAAGAUUAACUUUGUAUGUAACUCCUACAAUGAUAGAUUCAUUGUUAACUAAUUAUAUUAAGUUGUUGUUGCUAUGGCAACAAACUACAACAUGGCUACCUUUGUAUACAUUAUUUGUGAAAUUUUCACAUGUAAAUUUAAAAAGUGUAACAGUAUGGGCUCGUUCAAGGUACAGUUCGAUACUGUCGGAGAAAAGAUAUGACUGAAUAUUUUUAAAAUCCCAAAGUCCCAUGUGAACGCUGGAUUUGUGUCUUUUAUGUCACUUUUUCAGUCAAAAAGUUUACAACACAUGGAUUUAGAGUCAGGUUUUAUAGCUUGUAGAACUUGUUGUGUGGGUUGGGUUAUUCCACAGUAUUUUUCUCCUGGACAAUAGACACCCCCACCAGACGGCAUCGUGGGGGUUAAGAGGCACAAUGACGACGGUUCUGUUUUGUUUGAGUCAUUUCUGUGUGAUCUAGAGCUGAAACAAAUAUAAGACAACCCAUUUAGAAUUUGAAAAGCAAUUGGCACCCUGCAGAAUUGAACCAAAAAAUCACGAGAGAGUAGUUUUCAGGGCAAAAUUUAGCAAAAGUCAGUAAUGAUUGUGGUCCAGUUGACAAAUUUCUCACCUGGCUUAAGUUUUUUAAAAUUUCAGCAUAGACUUUUUCAAAGAGAAUGCCAUUGGCUUUGAUUCUAAGAUGUUCUUGUGCAAGGAAGCCCCUGAUUUUUGCAUUUCCCCCCUUCUUGCUGUUGUUCGCCAGAACACACCUCGUGCCAUCUUCCAGGGCAGUGGAGAGCAUCCUGCAACCCUUGAGAGCAGAUUUUCAAAGGGCACAUUAGGCUGCAGAGAAAAGGGGCAAGCAGACAUUUCUACCACGGCUGUUAGAAUUCAAGCCACUGGGUGAACUCCCAGAAUCAAAGUUCACAGCCGGUGAGGUCUUGGAAGCCCAUGUGUCAGUCUUUACAUCAGGAAAUCAAUCAGAUUCUGAAAUGGUGCAAUCUUUUUGUUUGUUUCAACAUUAGUCGAUUCAUAACAGAACUUUUGGUUACUGCAAAAACACAGAUUUUGUCUCUCUGUAAUAGGAAAGCCUUGCUGUGAUUACGUUGAAAUCAGGACUGGAAUUUGUUUGUUUUUUUGUUUUUGUUUUUUAAUUUAAUUAUGCUAGCAUGAAAAGACAAGAAAAAUCUGUACAUAAGAAAAAAUAUUGUGGAAUGACCCCAUAACAGUGUUGAAGAUACCAAUAUGCUGCAGUUAAAUUGAUUCAGUUAGUGUACGAAUGUGUGAGACACAUCUAUUUGCACUUAUGUACAUAGUCCACGAAAGAAAAUCCUUGGAACUUAUUUUGAAUAUAUAUUAAAAAAAAGGUCUGUAAUAAUACAAGGAAAAGUUUGUAAAAGAGAUAGGUAUUACAAAGGCUUUGAAAAGGAAGAGAUUUUUUGCUAUAAAACUUAUCUGAACGCAUGAUGUUGCUUUGCUAUUGUACAAGCUUCGUAGUUUGCCAUAUAGCUUACAAUACAGCGGACUGAUACCGGAUCACCUUCAACUUGCAGCUCCGAAAACAAAGUAAUAAUGGAAAUAAAUGCUGAAUUAAAAAGUAAGGUCACCAGCAAAGGCUUCACGUCCUUUGUCGCCAAUCUAAAUCGGAAGAGCCCUGCUGGAACAGAACAAAGGCCUCUCUGGCCCACCAUUCUGUUUCCAGACAGCCCACCAGUCAGAGAUGAAGUCAACAACCUUUCCCUGCCUCUGCUCCCCAGCAGCUGGUAUUAAGAUAGACUGCCUCUGAGAAUGGAGUUUCUCUAUAGCCCUUGUGUCUAAAAACCCACCAUGCUUUUUCCACCACUCCCAACUCCUUGGAUUGGGGAGGGGGGGAAUCCUCUUCCCUUCCACAACUCCAUGUGUUAAAAAUACUCACAAAUUAUUUGAUCAGGUGUCAUGAUACUAUGACAGUCAUCACCCUGAGCCACAACGGCCUUUGACCAUUGUGGCUGGGAGUGAUGGAAGUUGUAGUCCAGCAACACCUGGGGACCUAAAUUUGGGAACCCCUGUUGUAGGGAAUCCUGCUAUGCUGUAUGCACAUCUGUAGCCCCAUCCCUACCCUGUUCCAAGAUAGGGGCUCCACUUCUGCUUUUGAGGUCACCAGGUCAGGAUGGGAGGAGUAAAGCCAAGGAAUUGGAAUCCAGAUCUCCAACCAAGCUUGGAGUCAUGGUGAAACGUCUGUAGGAGCAGCUGUAAGGGGGAGAUUAUGCUACAGAUUAAGCUACAUGUCGGGAAUCCAAUUCAAGGUGGCCAGUUUUCCAAGUGGUGGGUUGCCAAGGGAAAUGUGAACAAUGUGGGGACGGGACACUCAUCAAAUCAACGAGGAGUGUUGCACCACUCUGUUGUGUCCCCAAAUUUCUGAGUGGGUAUGGACAUGUGGGGGGGAAGGUUAUCCUCUCUGCAUGGGCAGGUGCUGUGGACGGCCAUCCCAUCUCAUGGUUGUAUUGAUGAACAGUUGUCUGUAUUCCCACCUACCCUAAAGCAACUCUGCCAGGCAGGUUAUUCAAUAGAGUUGGGCUUUCUGCCACCGGCCCCACUAGCAGCACAAGUAUACUGGAGAAGAAGUCUGGAAUUGCCAUUCAAAGCUGUGUCUUCGAAGGGCAACGGGUAAUCCAGGACUUCUUGAGAGAUCGUCAGGGGGAGGGCAGAUGAGGGAAAGUGCCUACACUUUCAAAAGCCUUUUGUCAUUCCUCAGAUGCCUCUCCAAGGCACCCUUGAGCCUUUUCCCUGCUCAGAUGAGGGUGAAAAUGAAUGCCGUCAGGCUUCAAAAAGGUUAGGCUCCAGGUAGGUUGUGUUCCAGAACUGGGUUGGGGAGCCAGCUGUCAGCACAACUGGGUAUGAAGCAGGUUCAGAGGGACGGAAGGGAGGUACAUAGUCAAUUCCGAGCAAGGGAGCAGCCACUAGGCAAUGCCCAAGGGAAGAGUUGCUUGGAUUGAGGAGUGAAGAUCUCAGGCCAGGGUGUUAUAGGGCCUGGUGGCCUGGGAUUGGUCCUUGGGGUCACCUGACAAUGCUCAGGAGGCUGGUAGUGCAGCCUAGAGGGCGCCCUGGAGCCCAGACCUGCCACAGAAAUGGCACCAGUAGCAAAGGACGUGCAGCACCAAGUCCAGCUGCUGGGAGCCCCAGUGUAAAAUGCCCUCCUCCCCGGUGCCUUACACCAGCUGAAACUCUCCAUGUUGGGAGAGAGGUUCACUGUGGAGAAUCUGAGAAGCCCUGCCCCAAAGCGCUUGCAGGAGGAGUGCCAUGCUCUGAAGCUAGAUGCAGCCCAGGUCAUACAUUGGAAGGCGCCGCUCUAUUGACUUGUUGGAGGUUAAGGACAGCUCAAAGCAGUCAUCCGUGUGCUCACAGAUUUCCCAUGAACAUCAGAUCCACACAUGCGCAGGAGAGCUUCUGGGUGGAUUUGCAAGUGAAUUAGGUGCAGGUGACUUCCAUGCCUGCUUCAGGCUGAAGACCCCUUCGGCCGACCCACAAGCUGAGAUGUGUAUCUCUGAGGUCAAAAGUCAGUGACCUCAAUCACUGAGGUCAAUGGUUGAUUUUAAUCUGGCUUAAAUGGCUUUUUUUAAUUUUAAAAAAAUGUUUUAUGAUGUCUUUUUGACUUUAACGUAAACCACCCUGAGCCACUUUAGGAAGGACAGUAUAUAAUUUGAAUAAAUAAAAGAAAAGUGACAUGCUAGUAUACCGCUCUUAAACCAAAAUUCCCAAAGCGUUUUACACAGAAAAAUUAAUAAUACAUAAAGAAUAUGGUCCCCUAAAUAAAUAAUACAUAAAUAAGAUGGUCACCUGUCCCCAAAGGGUCACAACCUAAAAAGAAACAUAAUAUAGACACCAGCAACAGCCACUGGAGGGAUGCUGUGCUGGGGAUGGAUAGGGCCAGUUGCUUUCCCCCUGCUAAAUAGAAGAGAGUCGCCACUUUAAAAGGUCUUUGCUCAAUUAGACGUAGUCUCCUCUCCUCUAAUCAUCUGGAAGUGAGACCGACACAGGUCCCAAAGAUGGUUUUGCACGUGACAACAGAAGCAUGAAAAGCGAAUUUUUGAGUAAGCAGUAGCUCUCGAGAAGGGAAAAUGUGGAGAUCUUGGAGGAUGAUGCACAGGGGAUACCAGAUCUGAGGAUGCACAUCUUCCCAUAGGGAAGGUGCCCAAGUCCCAUCCCUCCCCCCCCCCAAUUGUAGACCCUGGAAGCAUAACUUAAUACAUGCAUCUUGCCUAGUGUCACAUGCAAAAUCCUUAACAGCCAUGUUGACAAAAGCAAAGGCAGAGGACGCCUUAAGGGCGGCACACUCUAUGGGAAAUCAAACUCUGAAUUGCAGCCAAGAACACAAUGGGGCUACUGUUCAGGCAGAGGUUGUUGGACAACCACAGCUCUGGGUCAACGUCGCGACAAGCACCCUGAAUAAAGCCUUUGCUAGUGACCUUCACAGCCAUAUUUUCUACAAUCACGCCUCUAAGAGGAGGCAGCUGAAACAUGCAAAAGAAAGAAAACCCAACAAACCCAGCAACACAAUUGAAAAAAACACGACAAAAACCAAGUGGUCCUUUCCAAACACACAACAGAGGGAAAUUACCUGACACAGAAUUACAAGGUUCCAGAUCUUUAUUACUGUACACAGAUGCUAUUGAUAGUGGUGGAAGCCAAAUGAUUUUGUUGCCAUGGUUCUUGUUUCGUAGCAGCUGAGGGAAUGACACGGCCGCACACCAGAGAGCUGGCAAGACAUUUCUGGACAAAUUCACUCUUUAAAUUCAUGAGCCUCGAGGGGAUGGUCAGGAGGUUGCUUGAGAAUCCUUAGCUUUCCAGAAAGAUGGAACAAAAUUCAGAAGCCCAUUAAAAUCCCAAAUUCGGAGCUAGGAGGAGAUAAUUUUGGGGUGUUUAGAAAUCUGAGAUUUGAUGAGGAGGCGUUUUCUGUGCUCCAGAGAGGAUUUGAGGAGUAACAAUUCUCCACUGAGAACAAACAUCCAUACAACAAGAAAGCCUCACAAAUGUUGACCCCAUUUCAAAUUCUUCAUUCAAACUUUCACACCAGAAAAAUAUACGAUCCUGAACUCAAAUUGGAAUUUACCAUCUUGUGCAUUCUUUGGUUUUGGAUCCAUGUGUGAAAAUUUACAAUCCAGAAGAGUGCAUUCCAAAUUUUGUUUAAUAAGAAUUAAUACGUAAAAGCCUGGUUGAUACUAACAUUCUAGAAAUUCAUAGAUGCAAAGAACACAAAUGUAAAAUUAAGUGCAUUUAAUAUUUGGAAAUUUUAUCAUAAUGUGGAAUUUUAAAAAAAAUGACACACAAAGUGUGCAGAGGCACAGAUUUGCCUUCCUGUAUGUUUCUAGAACUGUGUGUAGUGUUCAGAGCUAGUAUGAAACUCGGGCUGUUAUCUUAACACACACUUAAACGGAAGCAAGCUUGAUGGAAAUCAGCAUGACCUGCUUCAAGUCCAAGCGUUUCAGAUCAUAGUUCCACUGUGAUGUAGAGCUGGAUAAUUCCAGUCUAUCAGCUCCAGGCCCACAACAAGUCCUCCCCUCAGCUGCUAUUGACAGGGUGUAUGCUUUGAAUUUCUUUUCCUUUUUGCCACAUUUAUAUUGCUGUAGUGCUUGUCAGUGCUUUUUAGAAUCGUGCAUAAUGCGACUCAUUUUACUAUGUUACUUCUAUAUUGUUAUGGUUUUAUUUUGUUUUGUUUUAUUUUUGAUCUUUUAAUAAAGUGUACAAAAUUC